AGAAACCACCUUCUAAAAGAAGCAGAGAUAUUACACAAAGCCAGGUUCAGUUACAUUCUGCCAAUUUUGGGAAUUUGCAAUGAGCCUGAAUUUCUGGGGAUAGUAACAGAAUACAUGACAAAUGGGUCAUUAAACCAGCUUUUACAUGGGAAAGAUGUAUAUCCUGACAUUCCCUGGUGCCUGAGAUUCCGUAUUCUUUAUGAAAUUGCUUUGGGAGUAAACUAUUUGCACAACAUGAAUCCUCCAUUGCUGCACCAUGACUUGAAAACCCAGAAUAUUUUGCUGGAUGAUGAGUUUCAUGUCAAGAUUGCAGAUUUUGGCAUGUCAAAAUGGCGUGUCAUAUCCAUGUCGCAAUCACGAAGUGAAACCUCUUUGCCAGAAGGAGGAACGAUUAUCUACAUGCCACCUGAAGAUUACAAUCCCAGUCAGAAAACCCGUGCAAGUGUAAAACACGAUAUCUACAGUUAUGCAAUUAUUAUGUGGGAAGUGAUGUCAAGGAAACAGCCAUUUGAAGAAGUUAUAAACCCCUUGCAGAUAAUGUAUAGUGUGUCACAAGGACAGCGGCUAGACUUAAGUGAAGAAAGUUUAUCAAUGGACAUUCCUCACCGAGUGCUCAUCGUAAGAUUGAUAGGAAGUGGAUGGGCACAAAACCCAGAUGAAAGACCAUCGUUCUUAAAAUGCUUAAUAGACCUUGAGCCAGUCCUGCGAACGUUUGAUGAAAUAGCUAUGAUGGAAGCAGUAAUUCUGUUAAAGAGAUCAAAGUCACUAUAUGAAUCACGAUGUAUUUACAAGAGUGGAAAGAAAGCAGAUGUGGAGCAGAUAUCUCUAAAUAUACCUCUGAAUCCCCAAGAGGAAGCAUAUUCUGGCUCCAUACAAUGCGAUGCACUUCCCCUUCGGAGCAUCUCUCCAGAUACAUCAAGACUCAAGUCUGUUCCCAAGUGUAAUAUCCUUUCAUCAGAUGGAAAUUCUGGAGGUCUACACUCUCUCAGCACUCAGAGCAUGGAUGAAAAUAUCUCUGUAACUCAGAGUGCCAAACUUCUUGUGCAUCCAUACAGUUAUUUCCCCUCAUCUGACAAGAGUAUUUCAGAUGCCUCAAAUUCUGCAUCAUGUAUGCUGCGGUCAUCACCAAUUCCUUCAGAUUUUGUUUUGGAAACCAUACAACAGAACAUAGCUCAUCAAUGGAUCCAAAGUAAAAGAGAAGAAAUUAUUGAUCAGAUGACUGAAGCAUGUUUGAAUCAGUCACUGGAUGCUCUUCUAUCAAGAUUUUUACUCAUGAAAGAAGACUAUGAACUAAUAAGCACCAAACCUACGAGGACAUCAAAAGUCCGACAACUGCUUGAUACCUCAGAUAGCCAAGGAGAGGAAUUUGCCAGAAUUAUAAUACAAAAGUUGAAAGAUAACAAACAGCUAGGACUUCAACCUUAUCCAGACAUUGUAUCUAAUUCUCUAAGACUGCAUCUUUAAAUUUAUUCUUUCUAUAUGAAACCAUGUGAAUAUUUCUUACAACAUGAUUCUUGUUUCUAUAUAGUAGUUUUAUAUAUGUAUUGCUUUGUCUUUCUUACGCCUUUGUAGAGUCUCAGAAAUGACACUGAGUUCAUCUAGACUGCAUUUGGUGAGUUACCAAUUAAUCAGUUGGAGUGCAGUCAUAAAGUCAAACACCUGACACUUGUUGACUCAAUUCAUAAAGUAUUUUGUUUAUAUGUGACAAAGAAAAAACAUUAAAUGGUCCCUGUUUUACAUAUUUUCUGUUUAUACAUAUCCUUUCCUUUCACCUCACAGGAUCGAGGAUCUCAGCUUGGAGUAUUCGUUUUUUUCCCUCCAUCUGGUCUUUCCCAUAGAGGAAGAAAAAAAUCUAGGUGCUCUAUUUCGAGGCUUGCAUGCUGAGU